AUGGCGGCCGAGGUGGAGUACGAGUCAGUUCUGUGUGUCAAACCUGACGUCAAUGUGUACCGAAUUCCGCCGCGAGCAUCGAACCGUGCCGUCAGGGCAGCUGAUUGGAAGUUAGACGCUCCUGACUGGACAGGACGAAUGAGAGUGACGGCCAGGGGAAAAGUUGCCUAUAUUAAGCUAGAGGAUAAGAUCUCAGGGGAGCUGUUUGCUCAAGCCCCGGUGGAACAGUAUCCUGGUAUCGCAGUCGAAACUGUAAGUGACUCAAGCCGCUACUUUGUUCUUAGGAUUCAAGAUGACAGCGGUCGUAGUGCCUUUAUUGGCAUUGGAUUUGGUGACCGGGGAGAUGCGUUUGAUUUCAACGUGGCUUUGCAGGAUCAUUUCAAGUGGGUGAAGCAGGACAAUGAAUUGAGUAAGCAGGCUCAAACUCCAGACUUGGGCCCUAAAUUAGAUUUGGGUUUUAAAGAAGGUCAGACCAUCACUCUUAACAUUGGGCAAAGUAAAAAGCGAGAAAAGUCCCGUCCACAAAGUUCAGGUGGCCUUGGACUACUUCCACCUCCUCCGAGUGGCAAAAUUGCUCCGCCUCCUUCAGCCACGUCCACCAAUAACAACACCGAGCCACUCACGAGUGGAAGCAACAUAGGUUGUUUGCUGGAUUUAGACAGCAAUGAUUCAAACACUUUGGUCCAGCCAACACCUCCGAGCACAAAUGCUGACCUGUGGGGAGAUUUUACAUCCGACAGCUUGUCAUCUCAACCCUCCAAGCCGGAGUCUGCCUCGACAAACUGGGUCCAGUUCUGAGUGUGUGCUCUCACUGCUCACUUCAUAUCUGUUCUAACCCGUCACACACUAAAGCUAUCACUUAUGUUUACCUGUACCCAUUUCUCUCUCUCUCUCUCUCUCUCUCUCUCUCUCUCUCUCUCUCACACACUUGUCCACUGUCUUUUUUUUUUUUUGCACUGUUUAAUUAUGACAUCUACAUAAAUCUUUGUCAAACAAUUAUUUAUUUUAUUUAUUGAUGUAUUCCGUGUUCAUAGUCAUAAGAGCCUCAAGAAGGACAUGUAUUAAUGAGGUGUAUAUUUGGACACGUGUUUACUUGAACAGUAACAAGUUGUUAAGUGGAAUAACCUCAUUUUCUAACACGAGCUCAAAGGCGUUCCGUGCAAAUGAAAUGAUUGCGUCACCCUCUGGUGGUGCAAAUGCAAAAAAAGUUCGUAAUGUGAACCGACCGUGGUACGUUUUCCAGCAUCAGUGCUCCUUCCUGACGAUAUGCAAUCAUUCUCAUUGGAAAUAAGCCAGGCUUUCGUUCAUUUCUGUGAGGCACUGAUAAAGAUGGAUGGUGUUCUUACUCGCACCUUCACCUUUGCUUUCUGUGAACUGCACUAAUACGUGGAACGGCUCUAAUAAAGUCUGGUCUGUCCGAGCAGCAAUAUUCAAACGAACGCCAUCAUACAGAAAUAAGAGGUCAAAAUCCCGAUGCCUUGCGAUAGCACAUACUUUUGUGGCUUGACCAAAUUUUACAGACUUAAAAGACUCUAGAUAUAACCAUGUGUCUGAUAUGGCAGAUUGCAGUGUUGCACUGUGCAGUAUAGAUAUUUAAGCUAUUUUCCGUGACUGUAACUGUGACAAAGUUUAUUUCUGACUGAGGUGAAUUCACAUUACUUUGUUAAGGUUAUUAGCAGGAAGCAUUGUUUUAUUUGCUCUUUUUUUUCAUCGUGUGUUCAUUCUAGUUAUAUAAAAUAAAUACUGUAUGUAUAAUC